AUGUCGACCCCUGCCACUGUGAAAGAGGCCGUCAAGGAGAGCCUAUUCGGCACCGACGAGCCCACCAACCUCUCGGCGUCGCAUCGAGCUACCUUCACCAGCAAUGCCAAGGAGGAUGAGGAGACGGGCGAGCUGAGCAUGGGACCAGACGAAUUCAUUAAUGCCAUUGCUCCUGCCGACGAAGACUACUCAAAGAUCGAUCGGAACCAGUAUGGCAUUCUCUUCCAUGUCGCCGACCGCACCAAGACCGGCAAGGUCACGUUCGGAGACUGGGCUGCAUUCAUGAACCUCCUAGUGAAGUCUGAUGCCGAGUACGAGAUUGCCUUCCGCCUAUUCGACGUCGAUAGAACCGGCUCCGUUAAGUACGAGGACUUCCGAGGAUUGUAUGAGCAGAACAAGGGCGAAGGCACCAUACCAUUCAAUUGGGACUGCGACUGGGCCAAGUUGUACAUCGGUGACAAGUCAAGACGACACACCCUCACGUACCCCGAGUUCUCGCAGAUGCUACGCGGUCUCCAGGGAGAGCGGAUCCGUCAAGCUUUCCAGUAUCUCGACAAAGACAAGGAUGGCUAUAUCGAGCCGGACGAGUUUGCCAGAAUCAUCGAGGAGACCGCCAAGCAUAAGCUGUCCGACCACCUGCUUGAGAACCUGACGACUCUAUGCAACAUUUCUACCGGCAGCAAGAUCUCGUACGCCAACGUCCGAGCCUUCCAGAACAUGAUCAAAGAGAUGGAUCUCGUCGAGCUCAUCAUACGGAAGGCCAUUAGCAAGAGUUCAGAUGGCAAGAUUACCAGGAAUGAGUUCUUGAACGAAGCAGCGAAAAUCACCAGAUUCUCACUGUUCACACCCAUGGAAGCAGACAUUCUCUUCCACUUCGCCAGUCUCGAUGAGCCCUCGGGCCGCCUCGGUCUUACUGACUUUUCCAAAGUCUUGAACCCUCUUUGGACAAACCGUGGGGUUGCAGCUGAAGACUCGCAAUCGCACCAUGCGCUUGAUGUGACCAAAACCGCCACCCAGAAAGGCCUGCUCAAGGUUGCAGAGUCAGCCUACGGCUUCAUGCUUGGCAGCAUGGCUGGUGCAUUUGGUGCAUUCAUGGUUUAUCCUAUCGACCUGGUAAAAACCCGCCUGCAGAACCAACGCGGCGCUGAUCCCGGCCAGCGACUCUACAAGAACUCGAUUGAUUGCUUUAGAAAGGUCAUCCAAAAUGAGGGUUUCCGUGGUCUGUACUCCGGCGUGCUGCCCCAGUUGGUUGGUGUCGCCCCAGAGAAGGCCAUCAAGCUCACCGUGAACGACCUUGUCCGUGGCACCUUUACCGAUAAGGAGACUGGACAUAUCCAGACGCGUUACGAGAUCCUGGCUGGUGGCACAGCUGGAAUGUGUCAAGUCGUAUUCACGAACCCGCUUGAAAUCGUCAAGAUCCGUCUUCAAGUACAAGGUGAAGUUGCGAAGUCCGCUGAGGGUGCAAAGAAGCGCUCCGCAAUGUGGAUUGUUAAGAAUUUGGGCCUUGCGGGCCUCUAUAAAGGUGCAUCAGCUUGUCUGCUCCGCGACGUGCCAUUUUCUAUGAUCUACUUCCCAACUUACAGUCACCUGAAGAAGGACAUGUUCGGAGAGUCCCCUACCAAGAAGCUGGGCGUUCUACAAUUGCUCACGGCUGGAGCUAUCGCCGGUAUGCCAGCUGCUUACUUGACCACGCCUUGUGAUGUCAUCAAGACCCGGCUGCAGGUUGAAGCUCGUAAGGGAGAAUCCAGCUACACCGGUGUACGACAUGCGGCUACUACCAUCAUGAAGGAAGAAGGCUUCAAGGCUUUCUUCAAGGGUGGGCCUGCCCGUAUCAUGCGAUCUUCACCGCAAUUCGGCUUCACUCUUGCUGCAUACGAAGUCCUGCAGAGCGUCCUACCUUUCCCCGGAAAGCAGAAGUCUGAACAGGUUCACACUGGCGUUGCCGAUGUCGUCGACACCAUCAAGGAGAAAGACGUCGCAUCCCCGCAUGCUCGCAGCCGAAACGCCCUCAAGAUCAUCCUGGAUAUCGAUGAGAACUUUGGUCGAAUCAAGGUUCCGGACCAGAAGAGCUGGAAUGCUCUGCCCAAGCUCCUUGUUGGCUCAAAACCCUAA